AUGAAAGCCCAAGCCUUGGCCGAGAACCUGGUGGAUGAAGAGUAUGAGCCAUUGAGGACCUACUUUCCUGAUGAAGAGGUGAUGCAUAUUGACGAGGCUGAGAAGGAUGAAAAGCCAGUUUGGAAACUUUUCUUUGAUGGGGCCGCUAACAUGAAAGGCGUUAGAAUAGGAGCUGUGCUUAUUUCUGAAACAGGGAAUCAUUACCCUGUCACAGCCCAUCUUCGUUUCUAUUGUACCAACAACAUGGCUGAGUACGAGGCGUGCAUUUUGGUUUUGAGGUUGGCUGUAGACAUGGGCGUUCAGGAAGUAUUGGUUUUGGGAGAUUCAGAUCUAUCAGUAGAGCUCAGGCAUAUUCCUAGGAUCCAUAAUGAGGUUGCCGACGCCUUGGCUACCCUGGCGUCAAUGUUACACCAUCCAAAUAAGGCUUAUAUUGACCCUCUGCAUAUUCGUGUUCCUGAUCAGCAUGCUUAUUAUAACGUGGUGGAAGAGGAACUUGAUGAUGAACCUUGGUUCCACGAUAUCAUGGAGUACAUCAAGUCGGGGGUAUACCCGGUACAGGCCACAAGAGAUCAAAAGAGAACGAUUCGACGCCUGGCUAGUAGAUUUUUCUUAACCGGGGGAAUUUUGUACAAAAGAACUCAAGAUCUUGGAUUGCUGAGGUGCAUAGAUGCUAAACAAGCUUCGACCAUCAUGGCUGAGGUUCAUUCCGGAGUUUGCGGGCCGCAUAUGAGUGGAUAUGUUUUGGGAAAGAAAAUUCUCCGAGGAGGAUAUUACUGGCUUACCAUGGAGCGAGAUUGCAUCAGCUUUGUGCGCAAGUGUCAUCAAUGCCAGGUACAAGGUGAUAUGAUUCAUUCUCCGCCAUCUGAGUUGGAUACGAUGUCCGCACCUUGGCCCUUUGUUGAUUGGGCCAUGGAUGUCAUUGGACCGAUUUACCCGGCAGCAUCGAACAGACAUAGGUUUAUUCUGGCAUCAGAGGUAGCUAGCUAUCCCUACAGGAGCAUACAAAACCCGGGCAUCCUCCGAGACGGUCAGUAUAACCGAUCUCUUGCGAUCAGGGUCCACACUCAGAGCGAGGAACUGGUUGAUCAAUUUCGGGCUCGAGCUCAGCCCGCCAGAUUCUGA